UUGCUGCUUUGUCAUCGCAUAACACUGUUGGACAUCAAUGUCGGUGCAGUAAGGUGCGCUGCGCUUAAAGCUUCCCCUGUGUAAAGAAAAAAAAAACAUGAUAAAGAUGAUAUUGUUUCGUAAAUUCAGAGUGUUGAUUCUCAUGGUGUUUUUGGUAGCCUGCACCAUGCACAUCAUGAUAGACUUGUUACCAAAACUGGAGAAGAGGGCGACUGGAGCGGACAGCGGAGACGGCGGCUGCCAGUGCGCUCACCACCCGGGCAGCGAGGCGCAGGGCUGGGGGAAGCAGCGUGCCAGGUCGGCGGCGGCUGAAGCGGGCUGGCCUAACAAGCACACACUGAGAAUCCUGCAGGAUUUCAGCAAUGAGCCGAGCUCCAACCUCACAUCACAUUCCCUGGAAAAGAUCACAGCGGUCGGGGACAGAGUGGAGUCCAUCAAGCGGAUGAGACCGGGGAAGGCGGACGACCACAAGCCGCUCAUUGGAGACGCGAGCGGGGGUCGCACCGUCCCUGCCCACGGAUUCUCCCGACUGUCUGCUCUGUUUGAACAUCCCUUAUACAAGACUGAUCUUCCUCCUCUCACAGACGCUGACACUUUAUUUAACGUCAACACUGACAUCAGGUUUUAUCCCAGAGCAACAGGGAACCAAGGAUGGCACAACGAGGAUGGGAACGAAGAGGAGGAAGAGUUCCCUCCAACAGCAGAGGUGACGGCAGAGUCUUACCCCAACUGGUUACGUUUCCACAUCGGGAUCAACCGCUACGAGCUGUACUCCAGACACAAUCCUGUGCUUGAUGCCCUACUGAAGGACCUGGUCACACAGAGGAUCACCAGUGUGGCCAUGAAAUCAGGAGGCACCCAGCUGAAGUUGAUCAUGACUUUCCAGAACUAUGGACAAGCGCUGUUCAAGCCCAUGAAGCAGACCCGGGAGCAGGAAACCCCUCCAGACUUCUUCUACUUCUCCGACUUUGAGAGGCAUAACGCUGAGAUUGCUGCUUUUCAUUUGGACAGGGUCCUUGACUUCCGGAGGGUGCCCCCAGUGGCAGGACGUCUGGUCAACAUGACGAGGGAGAUCAGAGAUGUGACACAUGAUAAGAAGCUCUGGAGGACUUUCUUCAUCUCACCAGCCAAUAACGUCUGCUUCUACGGUGAAUGCUCAUACUACUGCUCUACUGAGCAUGCUCUGUGCGGUAAACCGGACCAGAUUGAAGGCUCGCUAGCAGCCUUCUUGCCAGACCUGAACCUGGCCAAACGCAAGACCUGGAGAAACCCCUGGAGACGCUCCUACCACAAACGCAAGAAAGCAGAGUGGGAGGUGGACCAAGAUUACUGUGAUGAGGUUAAGCAGACACCUCCAUAUGACCGGGGCACUCGACUCCUGGAUGUCAUGGACAUGACCAUCUUUGACUUCCUAAUGGGUAAUAUGGAUCGCCAUCAUUAUGAAACUUUUGAGAAGUUUGGAAAUGACACUUUCAUUAUCCACCUUGACAACGGAAGAGGGUUUGGAAAACACUCCCAUGAUGAGCUGUCCAUCCUGGUACCUCUCAGUCAGUGCUGCAGAGUGAGGAAGUCCACUUAUCUACGUCUCCAGCUGUUGGCCAAGGAGGAGUUCCAGCUGAGCUCCCUGAUGGAGGAGUCUCUGCACCGUGACCGCCUGUCUCCCAUCCUUAUCCAGCCUCACCUCCAGGCCAUGGACCGCAGGCUCCGGCUGGUGCUGCAAGUCCUUGCAGGCUGCAUAGAGAAAGAAGGCUACAAUGGUGUUGUGGAGGAAGAUCUAGUCGGGGACACAACCACCCACAGGAGCACAGGCCACAGGUAGUGGGGGCGAGGCUUGAGGGUGACAGGAACCACCAAUGACACAUGGACAAUGGACCGCGUUUGUGGCUGUCUAACCAAUGGUAUCAGACCAAAAGUCCCACUUCUCAUAUCAAGCUGAAUUCAGUGAAUUCCAAGACUUGCCAUCAAUGCCUCUAUGGAAACUGCUUUUAAGUGUGUUUAUAUGGGAGAAAUUUUCCACAUAUACAAUGAAAGACUAUGCUCAAACAGAGGCUUAGUAUUUGUUAGAUAAAAAUGUAUUUUUCUUUUAUCAGAUGUUGUAUAAGACAUAAAGGAACCACUGCUGUGUUUUUAUUUUAUCCUGUUUGUUUUGAAUAUGGAGGGUAUCUGUUUCAUAUAAGUGUUUUAUUAUAUUAUAACCAAAUGAGAAGUUAGACUGACUGGGCAGCAUAUGGUCAGAAAAUAAGCUUUAUUAAUAAUCACACCAUAUGAAAAAGGUUGAGAAAGAGUGUGGAAAUUUAAGGAUAUUGUUUUUUUUG